AUGGACGAUCGGAGAGGGGGUGCGAGCAUGUUCGGUGGUGACAGUUACGACUUCCCUAUUGAUUUCAACCAGAUGCCGACAGCCGGCACUUUGAAUCUGGACAGCAGGGGUGCUGGAACUCAGCGUUCCACUGCGAAAAAUGCUUCGUCGAAGCCGAAGGCUAAAGCAAAGACGCAGGUUUCAGCGGCACCAAAGAUGGCAGGCGCCACUGUGCGACGGACCGCGCUCGGAGGUGGACUCGACGACUUGAGCAGGUUUGGAAUCGGCUCACGAGCAAGUCCACAGCCAAAGAGCACGAAGCGCGAUGAUGCCAUGGACUUUCAAAAGUUUCUGGAGGAGAGUGAUAGUGACGAGGAAUCGUCAAAGCGGCCAGCAUCACGAUCCCGUGCUGCGCCCUCCCAAAAUCCACAAGGAGAUGCAUCAUCGGACAGCCCCCCAAGCUCACCGGCUGCCAAGCCGGCAGUCCUUGCCAGGUCCCCUGCCAAAGUUGCACAACUGGCGAGCGAGAAACCCAGAGACACCGUACCUUCAAGGCCCAGCAACAUCACCUCCGACUCACCCUCACCCACAAGCCCACGAAGCGGCAGCGGCAGUGGCAGCCGCAGUGGCAGCCGCAGUGGCAGCCCUGUGGCAGCACUGCCACGUUCUCCGCACUCUGCCUCACACUCGGUUCAAUCCUCAGCAUCCGCGAAGUCCAACUCCAAAAAGGCACAGCCCCGUGCAAGCUUGCAAUCACGGUCCCAGUCGCAUUCGCCCUCCAGUUCGCCUGUGCCGCGAUCUCGCUCACCGUCUCCGGCUCCCGUAUCCACAGAGAGCGAGUCAUCCGCGCCUGUUGAGAGUGGCAGCGUGUUCGGCAACAUCCGACCCAUGAGCGAUUUGGUGGCCGCGACACCAAAAACGGCUUCGACCCAGAACUCCGUCGGAGUGCUCGGUGGAGGACAGCGAACCGCAACGACUGCCUUCAGCGCGCAGGCUUCCACAACAUCCCAGCCAAAAACUGCGACACAGGGUGCUGCAAUUGGAGCUGAAGUCGCAUCCCCGGAAAGCACGGCCGCAAAGCGGGCAUCGAUGCACUACGAGGAGGACUUCGAGGCCUCCAGCACAGGCAGUGCUUUGGUCCAGACGCCAAGAGCAGCGCCAGUGCGGACACCAGCGGCCGUCACUGUGGCACCUAGCACCACUGCAACUGCUGCUCCCACGAUAGAGAGAGCCUCUGCACCGGCAACGGUGCCGUCUGCAGCUGCGUUCGUGAGGACGGAGCCAAAGUCGCAGACCUACCAGGAACCUUCUCGGGAUACGCAGGAAGAUCGUGGGAUGCCUCUCAGGCGAUCCACACGAGAUGUGCAAGUUCAGGCCAGCAUACCUGUGGACGUUGGAGUUCAGUGCGACUUGCUCGAUGUUCCCCGAGCCCCAGGCUGGGCAACAUCAGCGUCAGCAGCGCCUUGGGGAUUCUCACCUUGGGAGCAGGCGCUGUCCGCAGGAUAUCCGCAUGCUGGUCUACCGGCCGGGUUUGGCCCGUACGGCAUGAUGCCGAUGGCACCUCCGGGCUAUUUUCCCUGGACACCGCUGCAAGGCACAGGCUUCCCCUUCGUGGCGCCGUGGAGCAAGGCAGGACCUACCGGGGCCCCGCCUCCAGAGCCAACUUCAGAUAUUGGCCCCGGUGCACCGCCCGCUGCACCACCAGCGGCUUUGUGGGCAAUGCGGAUGGUGGACGACUCCUUCAAGGACCAGAUUGAGCUCCUUCGGCAGGCAGCUCAACGACAUCGCAGCCUCUUGCAGAAGGGCCGGGGGCCUCUGGGAGAGGUUGUAGGGAGAUCGGGAGACGAAGUCGGCGCCGCCUGA